AUGAGUACAACGAAGGGGAUGACGAUAGCGACAAGAUACAGCGGUGCCUUCAUCAUUAUCGCCGCCUACGUCUUGGCCUCUACUGUUACCGCCACUUCUGAAGCGCCCGCGGUGCCACAGCAACAGCUCAACACCGUGUCGUAUUACGGCCGGCUUGGGCUGCACCCGAAUUACUUCAACCACCCUGACGCUACGAGCCCACUGUGGCGCGUGCAGGGCGGCGAGGUUGUGCUGAGCAACGCGCAUCACACACUCCGCGCCCCCACGCACACUGACGGCUCCUUCGUACUGUACGACGUCCCAUACGGCACGUACCAACUCCACGGGGAGUACGCCCACUUUGUGUACCCGACCGUGCGUGUGGAUGUGACACAGAAGACAACGCACGGCAUCGCCGCGCCAAUCAUCCGCACGUAUGCGAAUGACGCCAGCAUGACGCCGGUGCAGGGGAGCGGCCUCGACGAGUCCUCGCCAGCGAUCAUUCCGUUUGUCGGCGUGCACGAGUACUACACACCGCGCGAGCACUACAGCGUGUUUGACUUCUUCAAGAACCCGAUGAUCAUUAUGAUGCUCGUGUCGAUGGGGCUGGUGGGCAUUAUGCGGCUGAUGCCGGAGGAGGACCGCAAGGAUUCGAUGCGGGAGAUGCAGCGGCUGCGCAAACAGUUCGCCGGCGAGCCCACAGAUGGCGCAAACACGCCCUCUGUCACAGCGGGAGGAAGGGAAAAGAAGUCCAAGUGA